UUUGUUAAGAGAAGAAAGAUUGAUGGGCUAGGCUUUGUGUCGCGUUCAGCUUAUAAGCUUGAGCAGCUUGCAUUUAAGUAUCCAUUUCUGCAACCAGGGAGAGUAAUUGUCGAUUUGGGAGCUGCGCCAGGUGGCUGGAGUCAGGCCAUUCUUCAUCAAUGUCCAGACGUCCGGUUGUUCUCCCUGGAUAUACUCCCAUUGAGCUUUUCUUCCCCGCGCGUCACUUUUGUCCAUGGCGACUUUACCGGGCCAAGAGUGCGUGAGCAAUUAUCUCAGCGAAUCCUACAAGAUACUUGCAGUGUGGAUACCAAAGUGGAUGUCGUUUUAAGUGAUAUGAUGGGUGUGUUAUCCAACUCUUACAUCAAAAUAGCAAAUACAUCAGGUCAUCGUAUACGAGAUGCACAGGCGUCUCUUGAUUUAUGCUCAAGUGCCUUUGAAUUUUGUCGACAAAUGCUUCGACCUUCGCAGGCGUUACAAAACCCAACCAAAGAUGCUAGAACAUCGUCUGUCUUCAUCUGCAAGUAUUACAUGAGUGCAGAAGCAGAUCAAUUCAGGCGCGAUAUUCUCGAGCCUUCCUUUGAAUAUGUGCGCGCAGAAAAAAUGGCGGCAAGUCGGGCAGAGAGCCGCGAACAGUAUUGGGUAUGCAUUGGCUAUAGAGGGAAUGGUACAGCUUGA